GAGUGGUUGACUUUGUGGAAGGCGUGCACGUCUGUGAGAAAGCGCAAGUUGAAAAUUUUGGCAAAUGACUGUACGGGGAAUGUAUACCCUAGUUAGAUGAAGAGCUGAGGGUUCUAUACAGUGACAAAGUCCAGCACAAUAAUCGCUAGAAAACAUCGGCUGUCUGGAUAGAGUUUACAGGUGGUACAUUACAGCUAAAGGGAGCAGUCAGGAUGCCAUACGUUCUUAUCAGUACACAGAUCCGACUGGAAACUGGACCAACGAUGGUGGGGGAUGAGUACUCUGAUCCAAGCUUGAUGGCUUAUUUGGGUGCAAGGAAGACAACAGUACUGGGAAAUAACUUCUCAGAGUAUCACGUUGAAGGCCACCUCGUAUGUCCUGAACAAGCUGGAGAAGAAGGGGUUAGGGUCAUCAGCAUGACAGGGGUGGGACAGACCCUGAUAUGGUGCUUACACAAGAAGAAGACACCUCCUAAACCAAGUCUUCCCCUCACAGAUCCCCUUUUUCAAGUAGGACAUGUAAGCCAGGAAAGCCAUAACAAGGCUUCUCAGACAUGCUUUCACUUAACAGUUGGGUCGGAUAUUUAGAAGAAACAAAAGAAACUGGUGUAAUCUUUUUUUCCCUUGGUGGAAGAGUUUCUUUAAAGAAGAUUGGUGUGUAAAUAUUCUUCUUCCACACUAAGUUCUUGUAAAAAGAAUCUGUCAGAGCUCUGUUUUAGAGACAUUUGUUAACAAGUCAUAAAGCCCUUAUGUUUUACUUAUAUGUGUUCUGUCAUUAAAUGGCACAACAUGA